AUGCGGUGGCCAAUAUCACUAUACCAUGGAGACUCAAUCCUGCGUGAGCGUUCCUGUGGAGGAUGGAAUGAACGUCUAUCCAUCGUCGCAAUGGAUGGAUCAAAUUCAAGUAUCGAUCGCAAAUUGUCUCAAUGUUAAGAAUAAUAGCAUCAAUGUGUUUGUCAGACGACUUGGCGGUGGAUACGGAGCGAAAAUGAUACGCAACGUGCAAAUCUCAUGUGCUUGCGCGCUGGUAUGUCACAAACUGAAUCGUCCAGCGCGAUUCGUUAUGACGAUAGAGGACAAUAUGCAGUCUAUAGGGAAAAGAUAUUUUACGCGCCAAGAAUAUGAAAUCGGAGCGGAUAAUGACGGAGUUAUCCAGUAUCUCAACUCGAAACAUUGGGACAACUGCGGUUUCAGUUUCAACGAGCAACAAUCUGUGGUUUCGUGCAUGCAAGA